AUGGACGACCCAGUACCAGACCCAAUCUACAGCACUGGAGAAGCGCAGCUUUCGGCGGAAUUAGAUCUUCACCGAGAAGCGUUUGAGCUCUAUUUGACAUCCAUCCGAGAUAACCCUCCUCACCUAAAAAAGGAUAUGGAAAUGCAAUUUCGGACGACCUUGGACCAAUACAACGACGUGUUGGCAGAACAAAACGACAACGCACAAAUAAUCAGGAAUUAUAAGGUCGCCUUAGAAGAAUUUCCAGGUAACACUCAUUUCCUAUAUAGUGCUGGUGAAUAUUUUCUACGCCAGCAAGAGAUUCAUAUUGCCCACCUUCAUUUUGAAAAGGCGGUUCAAAUCGACAAAAACCUAGUAAGAGCACAAAAAUACCUGAAUUUAACAAAGAGGUUGCUGUACUCCCGGGACGAAUACAGCUUGCUGAAUGACGAUCAAAGACUUGGUAAAUAUUUACGAGGUAUAAUUCAAACCUCUAUCCUGAGGAAAGAAGAAGAAAAUGAAAGUAAGGAAUCAGCAGAACAAUCGAUACAACAUUCAUUCGAAGACCCGAAACAAGACUUCUUUUUAAUCGAAAAAGGAACCAAGAUAGAAGAUAUUGAAGAUAUUGAAGUUGGCUCCUACAGAAGCAACCUGCUUGUGAUAACAAAUAGAUUUGACGCCGGCCUUUUAGGUAGUGAGCUAUUAUUUACCAUCCUAUCGGCUUGGAAUAGGGUUCUUACACCUUCAGCGCGGGUAAUUCCUGGCCGGGCUGAAUUUUAUGUUAUUGGCGUCCGCUGUGAGCAGAUUAAAAAAAAAUACCAAAUUUCUGCGGAUGCUAAAACACUCCUUGGUGUUCAAGACUUGUUUUUACACACAGAAACACAUAGCCGUGAUCCAUACUUUGGUGAAGACAUCUUCACAUACAAAGACUUAGAGUUCGUGACGCAAGAAGAGUUAGUCUUUGAAAUAAACUUUAAUUCGUUUGCCGAUGUUAACAAAAAAAUAGCCAAUAUCUUUUCAGACAAUGCAAAAUUGACGGUUACAAGUAGCGGUGAAGUUAAUGCACUGGUAGGAUUUUUCAAACUUUUUAUAACCGAGGACAUCGUUAUGACAACCGAUCCUAGAUCAGAAGAGAGAUCAGAUGCGUGGAAACAAGCUGUGUUUCAUGAUUUUAUACCAAUGCAAUACACAGAAGGUGAAUCUUUCAUUGCUCAGUUCUCAACAUUUGGCGGGAGACUAAGAUUUCUGCCAGAUUGUAGAAAACGAAUAACGAGAGUGUCAAAGCAAUUAACAACGUUCCUGAACGAUGACGUCUAUAUUAAUGAGAUUAUUAAAAGUGCACAAAUAGCAACAGUUCAUUUAACACAAAUGGUGGAGAUAGAAGAAGUCGACGUUGUAGAUUUGUGUCCGUUUCCUGUCUUCGGGAUGAUGAUGAUGAAGCGAGGAGCGCAAUCUCUCAUUUGUAUGGCCCGUGAUCGUCAAGAUAAAAAGUUUUUUAAAAAGGUUUUCCGUAGGCACAAUAUUUGCCUGUCCAGAGUGGAAAUAUUGCUUUACGAAAACUUGUCUCUUGAGCCGUUUGACGGCAAAAGAUUCCACGCAGUUUAUUGUGACAUAUUACAUAUGAGUGGCAACAUCGACAGAUCACUUUAUAGCCUGGCUAAACUACUGAAGCAUGCGCGAUUACAAGAAGGGGGAUUAUUUAUGCCAAAUGUGUCUAUGAAGGUCCAACUCAUCAGCAGUGAAUUGUUGGAUAAACACAAUAAAUUAACCGAGAAAGCUAUGUCUGCUAUGCCUCCAGGAUCGAGGACCAACACAUUCACAGAAUCGCAGAUAACCUACGUUGACCCGACGCGGUUGGAACACAAAAAUAUGUCUCGACCAGUACACUUAACUGACAGCUGUCACAGUAUGAUACCCUGUGUAGUUUCAGUACACGUCGAGAGAGACGGGGCAUGCAAUGGUAUGCUAUGUUGGUAUGUGAUCAAAGUAAUGGAUGGUGCUGCAGAAAUAUCCACCAAACGAAAGUCCAGUUUCGUGCAUAGUUCUGUUUUCUAUAAGGACCAACCACUGGAGGUUAACAGAGGUGACUAUGUCACUGCUGUCAUGUGCGUUGAAGAUGAUGGAGGUUUUAAGAUAGAACUAUUUUCAGAAGUGAUAUAA